UAAAAGUUGCGGCGCUUCCGCCAGGCGCCAGACGCCGCUUCCGGUGCGGCGGCGAUGGCGGAGAUCCAGCUGCUCCGCGUCGUGGCCGCGUCCAGCGAGGACCCGCGGUACCCGGCGCUGAACCUGCUGCAGCCGGAGGCGGGCGGGCGCUGGAGGGGGGCGAAGGCCGGAGAGCGGCAGAUCAGUGUGGAGCUGGAGCUCCCGGCGGGGCAGCGCAUCCACCGCCUGCUCAUCGGCAACAACGGCUCCGCCUUCGUGGAGGCGCUCGUGGGGACCCGCGACGGGGGCAGCUUCCAGGUGCUGCUGCCGGCGGCCGCCUUCAUGUCCCCCCGCGAGAGCCGGGAGGGGGCGGAGCCUCGCAGGGGGCGGAGCUUCGGGCCCGAGGCCCUGGUGAGGGGCGCGGCGGGGGGGGGCUGGGACCGCCUGCGCCUCGUCUGCACCCAGCCCUAUAGCCAGGACCGUCCCUUUGGUCUCUCCUAUGUUCGUGUCUUCGCCCCCCCAGAGGAUGCGGCUCCUGCUGAGGCCCCGGUUCGCCGCUUGGGCCCCUUCACCCUACGGGAGGGGGGGGCCUCCCCCCUGCGCCCCCCCGGGGCCCUCUUCUACCAGCGCCCCCCCUCCCCCCCAGCCCCCCCCUCCGGGGCGCCCCCCCCCGGCCCCAGUUAUGCCGAUGCUGCCCUCAAAGCCAGCGCAGGCUCCGCCCACAAAGGCCGGCCAAUGGGACCCCCCGGAAGCAGCCCCGGACCCUCCAAGCUCCGCCCCCUGCGCCCAAAGCUCCGCCCCCUGCGCCCGAAGCUCCGCCCCCUUCGUCCGAGGCCACGCCCCCCGCGGCCGUGGCCACGCCCCCCCUGGGGGGGGGUGGUGCUGGCGCUGAGCGGCUUCGAGAACCCCCUGCGCGGCCAAUUGCGCGCGGCCGCCGUUGCCAUGGGAGCGACCUACAGCCCUGAUUGGACGCCGCGCUGCACCCACCUCGUCUGCGCCUUCCCCCGCACCCCAAAGGCCGCCCGGGCGCGGGCCAUGGGGGGGCUGCUCGUGAGCCCCGACUGGAUCUGGGACUGUCAGAGCCGGGGGCGCCGCCUGCCCUGCCGCCCGUACCUCCUGGAUGGCUCCGCCUCCUCCGGCAGCGAGGGGGAGGAGCCUGCGGAGGCCACGCCCCCUCCCGCCCACGUGCCCGCGGGGACUGAUUCGGAUGAUGGCAGCGACCAAUCGGAGCCGGAUGAUCCCUAUGGAGGCUCCACUGAGGAGAACAGCGAGGAAGAGGAGGAGGAAGAGCCUAUCCCCCCCCUGCCUGACUUCUUCCGGGGCCUCUCGUUCCUAUUGGCUGGCAGCUUCCCCGAGGGGGAGGGGCGACGGCUGCGGCGCCUCGUCAUCGCCUUCGGGGGGACCCUGGCUCCCUCCAUGAGCUCCGCAGUGACCCACGUGGUGACAGCCCAGGGCUGGGACGAGGCCUUCCACCAGGCGCUGGAGCUCCGCCCCUCGCUGACCAUCGUGCGCCCCCAUUGGCUGCUGCGCUGCGGCGAGCAGCAACGCCCCCUGCCGGCCCAGCCCUUCGCUGUCGUGCCGGCGGAUGGGGGGUCGCCGUGACGUCAUCACGCACAUCCCAUCCCCCCCCCCCCCCAUCGUUUUGGAGGCGAAUUAAAGCGGUUUUGGGCUUCAAUGACACCCAAGGGCUGGUGCCCCCCGACAGGACAAUCCGCUCUCGCUUUGCCCCCUAAAACGCGUCCCGGAGCGCCCCAUCUAUAGGUGAUGCUCAGCCCCUGCAGUACCGCUGGUGGCCACAGGGCGGCAGCACCCUCACACUGAUGUGGUCCCCACCACCCUCCGCCGCUUGCGCGUUGCCAGGCAACACCCUCUAGGGCUCCACCUCCGCGCGUUGCUAAGCAACAGCCAAUCACCGCCCGCUGCCGCGUCUCCCUCUGCAUCGCGUUGCUAAGCAACCUCGCAGCCUCAUUGCGGCGCAGCGUUGCGUGGCAACAGCCAAUCAGCGCCCGCCUCUUGUGAGCGGCGGGGUUUGGCCCCACUCGUGGCCGCGGGUUCGAAUCCCGCCCCUGCCCCUAGGAUGGGGGGGGCGGGGGCGGCAAGCCCCGCCCACAAGCGCUUCUACGACGCUGGUGAUUGGCCGCCGGCGGGCGGUGGGUGGGCUUUAGGGGGUUGCGCGGCCAAUGGGGGGGACGGAGCUAGGUCGGCGUGUGCGCAGAGGGAUCGAAG